UUCAACAAUCAUUAUAAAAAAGUUGGAUCCAGGCAAAUUCCAGCUCCCUCCAAUACUAUACUGGUUCAGGCAUUAACUGUUCAGUUACACAUCUACCUUUACUUCAUCUUUAAGAAGCAAUAUUAGAGUAUUAGAGUGAAGGAAUCUGAAUAAAAAGUUCAAUUUGUGAAAAGUGUCCAAAUUCCAAUUCCAAAAGCAAAGAUGCCUCGUGGAACGCUUGAAGUCGUUUUGGUCAGCGCUAAGGGUCUCGAUGACAGUGAAUUUCUCUCCAACAUAGAUCCCUAUGUGAUUCUGGCGUACAAGGCACAGGAGCACAAGAGCACUGUGCAAGAAGGUGCUGGAUCCAAUCCUCAAUGGAAUGAGACCUUUCUUUUCACUGUUUCUGACAGUGCUUCUGAACUUACUCUAAGGAUAAUGGAAAAGGACAAUUAUAACAACGAUGAUUCUCUUGGCGAGGCAAUAAUUCCUUUAGAUGCAUUGUUUGAAGAGGGUAGCCUUCCAGAGACAUCUUACAAUGUUGUGAAGGAUGAGGAAUAUUGUGGAGAGAUUAAGGUGGCUCUCACUUUUACUGCUGAGAGAAAUGGUGGUUAUAAUGCAGAGGAGGAGGAGAGCUAUGGUGGAUGGAAAGAAUCGAGUGGGGACUAUUAAAGUGAAGGAAGGAUUUUGGUUACUUGAGGGAUAUCAAUUACUGUGUUUUCUGGUGUAAUGAUCUGAUAAUUUUGUGCUGUUGGUUGAUUUCUUCCCUUUUGAUGCAAACUACAUUAUGCUUAACAUCAAAUAUUUUAAGCACUUAAAUUUAUUAAGAGCAGCAAGUUUAUUUUGACUUAAA